AAAAUACGCAGCGCAUUGUAAUGAAAUGAAUUAAACGCUGGUUUUCUUUUCAACUUUGUAAUUCGUGGAGGGAAUACUUUUCUUUUUUCUUUACAGGGACCAACAAAACAAAAAACCCGAGAAAAUAGAAUUAAUACACACAUAGAUACAGCAUGCGCCCACCGGUUAUUCUCAAAACUACCUCUCUCUUCGAUUCUUCUUAUUCUUGUUCUUCACCCAGCGAUCGCAGACUCAACACUCUCGCGAGGCAUUUCGUUUGCGCUCACAAUCCAAUGGCUUCUCACGACGAUAUCUCCGCUUCGCCAACCGCAGCUUCCGAUUCCGUCUUCGCUCAACUCGUUCGUGCGCCUGAAGAUCCUAUCCUCGGGGUGACCGUCGCUUAUAACAAAGAUCCAAGUCCAGUGAAGGUCAACUUGGGAGUUGGUGCUUACCGAACUGAGGAAGGAAAACCUCUUGUUCUGAAUGUAGUGAGGCGAGUUGAGCAGCAGCUCGUGAAUGACGUGUCUCGCAACAAGGAAUAUAUUCCCAUUGUUGGGCUUGCUGAUUUUAAUAAAUUGAGUGCUAAGCUUAUUUUCGGUGCUGACAGCCCUGCUAUUCAAGAGAACAGGGUUACCACCGUUCAAGGCUUGUCUGGAACUGGUUCAUUAAGAGUUGGGGGUGAAUUUUUGGCUAAACAUUAUCACCAACGAACAAUAUACUUGCCAACACCAACUUGGGGCAAUCACCCAAAGGUUUUCACCUUAGCAGGGUUGUCUGUCAAAACAUAUCGCUACUAUGCUCCAGCAACACGAGGGCUUGACUUUGAAGGACUUAUGGAAGAUCUUUCAUCUGCUCCGUCUGGAUCUAUUGUUUUGCUACAUGCUUGCGCACAUAACCCCACUGGUGUUGAUCCAACCCUUGAGCAAUGGGAGCAGAUUAGGCAGCUAAUAAGAUCAAAAGCUUUGUUACCUUUCUUUGACAGUGCUUAUCAGGGUUUUGCUAGCGGAAGUCUAGAUGCAGAUGCGCAGCCUGUUCGUUUGUUUGUUGCUGAUGGGGGUGAAUUGCUGGUAGCACAAAGUUAUGCAAAGAACAUGGGUCUUUAUGGAGAACGUGUUGGCGCCUUAAGCAUUGUAUGCAAGUCAGCUGAUGUUGCAAGCAGGGUUGAGAGCCAGCUGAAACUUGUGAUUAGGCCCAUGUACUCAAGUCCUCCCAUUCAUGGUGCAUCCAUUGUGGCUGCCAUUCUCAAGGACGGGGAUUUGUACAAUGAGUGGACUAUUGAGUUGAAGGCAAUGGCUGACCGUAUUAUCAGUAUGCGCCAACAACUUUUUGAGGCUUUACUUUCCAGAGGCACACCUGGUGAUUGGAGUCACAUUAUCAAACAGAUUGGAAUGUUUACUUUCACAGGAUUGAAUACUGAACAAGUUUCCUUCAUGACUAAUGAGUACCAUAUAUAUAUGACAUCUGAUGGGAGGAUUAGCAUGGCUGGUCUGAGUUCCAAAACAGUGCCACAUUUGGCGGAUGCGAUACAUGCAGCUGUGACCCGAGGUGUCUGAAACAUGUUGCAGACUGCCGUUUUCAUCUUGCUCCCUAGUCCCCAUAGGUGGGCUUCUAUUAUUUUUGUGUAAUAAUUGUCAACAUCAACAAUGAUACCUAUUUUUGUUGCGAGACUAGAAGACAAAAUCUUAGCAUUAACAUUUUUGUUUCGUUUCUUUAUUUGUGACGUGAUCAAAUAUUCGCUGGAUCAGUUUUGGCUAAAAGUUGGUAAGAUAGACUCGUGAUGGUAUA